AUGCCUAACAAACGUCCACGAUUUGCGUACAAUCAACAAUCAAUAUCAAGCUGCCGUAUAUGUAAGAAGACAAACCAUUCAACCAACGAUUGCAGAUUUAAACCUUCGGAGGCUAAACCCGAAGCUGGCAACAAGGAUGAUAAAACACAAACCAUACCUGCCUCUACUUGUUGCAAGAAACCAGGCCAUACUUAUGGAACUUGCUUCAAAAGGCGACGAUCGUUAACUUCAAACGUUAACUACGUAGCAAGAAAUAAGCUGGCUCCUAUCUCCAUCAAAAUAGGAGAAAAUAUAUUGCAAGCUGUGCUCGAUAGUGGAGCAGAAUUCUCAAUCAUGCGAGAAUCGGUUGCUAUAGCUUUACCUGGUCAAAGGAGCUCAACUAUUUAA